AUGCUCACUUUCAAGAUGCUUCUGGCCUUCUGUGCCAUGGCCGUCACCUCCGUCAUGGCGACCACUUCGACCACCACCACGAAGAGCGUUUCAUUCAUGAACCCUCACGCCUGCUUCCACGCCAAGAACAUGUGCAAGAUUGCCUUGACCCACCCGGACUGCUCGGAGAAGUACCAAUACUACAUGCUCUACUGCAUCAUCAAUUCGGUCGGUUGCGUGGAGGAAGUUCCUGGAAGCGAACUGAGCCGUUGCUUCACGUCCAAGGUCAUGCCCACGGCCAAGGUUACGGUCACGGCCACGGUUACGGCCACCGUGACGAUCACGGUCAAGGCCACAGUCAUGGCCACGACCACCGCCACCGCCACGGCGACGCCCAAGCCCAAGCCCGGAGCGCCUGAGCUCAAGCCCAAGCCCACGGCUGCUAUCGGAAUUGCCUCGGCGGCGGAUCCCAACUGCGACCGCGGCGGAGAGAUCUGCAAGCUUGCGGAUACCUUCCCUCUCUGCUCCCCCGAGUAA